UCCAAAGUAAAAAAAUGAAAAAAGCGAGAGCCCAUGCGAGUGGCUGAGUGGCUGGUGCGGCGGCGGUGUGUCUUACGUAACACGGGAAGCGACUGAUGAACAUGGACAUACAUACAACAGCUGUCUUACGGAGUGGUUCUGGAAUCCCGAGCUGCAUCACCAUCCCACCAUGGAGGGUCUCUUCUUUAACGUGAAUAGCGGCUAUGUUGAGGGUAUUGUCCGAGGGUAUCGGAACAGCCUCCUCACCGGCCAGCAUUACAACAACUUGACCCAAUGCGAAACCAUAGAUGAUGUCAAACUACAGCUCGCUCCCGCAUAUGGCGACUUUCUCGCCGCGCUCCCUCCUAACCCCUCCACCUCAGCCCUUGCCGGCAAGAUGACGGAUAAACUGGUCGCUGAGUUCCGUUAUGUCCUCGCCCAGGCCACAGGGUCGACAGCCAGAUUUCUCGAAUACCUAACUUACGGAUAUAUGAUCGAUAACAUUGCUCUUCUCAUUACCGGUACCUUACAUGAACGCGAUACUCGGGAGCUUCUAGAGCGAUGUCACCCCUUGGGUUGGUUCGAGACCUUACCCGUGCUGUGCGUGGCCACGAAUAUAGAAGAACUAUAUAACUCCGUGUUGAUCGAAACACCGUUGGCUGGUUAUUUCAAGGGCAGCCUUAGCCACCAGGAUCUAGACGAAUUGAACAUCGAAAUCGUGCGCAACACUCUCUACAAGAACUACCUCGAGGACUUUUACCAGUUUAUAAAUACGCACCCGGAUUUCAAGGGAACCCCUACGCAAGAGGUUAUGUCCGAGCUUCUGGAAUUUGAGGCAGAUCGCCGUGCGAUCAACAUCACGUUGAACUCCUUCGGCACGGAGCUUUCGAAGCAGGAACGGAGAAAGCUGUAUCCGGAGUUUGGUAAACUUUACCCUGAAGGCUCAUUGAUGCUUUCUCGGGCCGAUGAGUUGGAAUCUGUUUCCCUUGCAGUAAGCAUAUCGGCAGAUUACAAGGCCUUCUUUGAUGCCGUAGGCCUCACUCAGGGUGCAGGCUUCGGCGGGGGCUCAGAUGGAAAGAGUCUCGAGGAUAUGUUCUAUCAAAAGGAAAUGGAAUUGUCCAAGGUUGUCUUCACUAGGCAGUUUACACCUGCGGUAGUGUACGCAUGGAUGAGGUUAAAGGAGCAGGAAAUCCGAAACGUCACAUGGAUUGCGGAGUGCAUUGCGCAACACCAGAAGGAGCGGAUCGGCAACUUCAUCUCUGUUUUUUAAGCGAUCUUUCUCAGCACUACCUAACGUUCAAUCCAUGUGAUUUCUCCACAUUCACAGAAUCGCCUUAUUACCCCGAGACAUGUGUUUCCAUGUACCUUUUCCCUCUCGCAUUCACCCUCUCUUUAUUUUGAAACUAGUCUCAGUUACUCACUUCUAUGAUGAGCGCAUCAAAUCGCCCGGCUACAUUGCCAGUUCUUGGUCUCUUCUACUUGCCUAGGGCGUUGGGGGAUCUCGUUUUGUGGUAUAGUAUAGAUGAACUGGACAUUUGCUUAUACCUUGAAGAUAAAAAUUUCUUGUUUAACUAUAGCUCUUUGUGGUUUUUAGGUAAGCGAUAUAACCAGGUAUAUUGAGUGUGCCAGAUGCAGUUCCUGUUC